UCAUCUAUUCCAGAGAUGCUGUUUGACCCGCUGAGUUACUACAGUUCUUUGUGUUUUAUCACAGGGAGAGUUGCACAAAAUGCCUUAAUCAUCUCUCUAGUGCCCAUCACACAGAGAGUGCUGAAUCUCUGGAACUCUCUGCCACAGAAGCCUCCUAAAGAUGACAAGAAGAAGAAAGAUGGAAGUAAAGGGGGCAAAAAGGACAAAGAUCCAGUGAACAAGACUGGAGGCAAGGCCAAGAAGAAGAAGUGGUCAAAAGGAAAAGUAAGAGACAAGCUGAACAACUUGAUCCUGUUUGACAAAGCCACCUAUGAGAAACUCUUGAAAGAGGUACCGAACUACAAACUAAUCACACCUGCGGUCGUCUCUGAAAGACUAAAGAUCCGAGGUUCUCUGGCCAGGGCUGCCCUUCAAGAACUCCUUUCAAAGGGGAUGAUCAAGCUGGUGUGCAAACACAGAGCGCAGGUCAUCUACACGCGAAACACCAAGGGAGGGGAUGCCCCUGCCGCUGCCGCCGCCGCUGCUGUUGCUGAAGAUGCAUAAACAGGUUCUGGAAUGGAUUCAAAUUGAGGAUAUUGGAAAACAAAAAUAAAAAAUAACAUACAUUUGU